AUGGAUGAAUCCGCGGCUUCUCGCGAGACACCAAAACCGCUCAUUACCAUGGAGGAAGCGCGCCGUAAUAAUCCAGGGACGAAUUUUCGUGAGAAAAUGAGAUUUAUUCGUGCACAUGAACGCUCUCUCAUCGGAGAGCAACAGAGCGUCAGUACAAGUGUAACACCUUCCUCUGCUGGUGACAUUGAGCCAUCACAACCUGCUCCUGCUAGAGAUGGAGUAUCACCCCUUAAUAUCCGUGUCGACAAAGAGCCUCAGACUCAUCCACCACAUGUCAUGGCGGCGGCCGAAAGCCCCAGCACGUUUAUUGCACCGCAGGCUCUACAUUACGAUGUGGAAAAUCCAGCUACUGUCGGGGAAUUCCUCUCGGGGUCACAACCAAUCCUUGCUGGAGAGGCAGGGUUUCCGGAAGUUUCAGCAGAGACAAUAGUCGAGCCAGAGGGAGGUUUAGGACCGACCGCCGCCUCCAUUGAAAAGGUUACAGAACCUCAACCUGUUGGCAUUAAACUCGGGCCCAUGGAAUUCGCUGUUCCUCUCUCCAUGGAUUCUAGAGUAAAGGAUGAUUAUGAUGUUACUCUUUCUGCUGAGAGUAAAACGAUUGAGAAAUUUUUGAGGGAAUCCUCAUCUCUAGGAGCGAAUAUGAGCAGUUCUGAUCUAGAGUACGAUAACCAAAUCUCGAAGAUGCGGAAGUUGAUUGAUCGCUUGAAGAACAUUACAACUCAUCCCGAUCUCAAUGACCAACCUGCCGCAGCCGGUGCUAACCCGGCCAAGGAGGCCGCAUGGGCGGAAUAUUCGAGCUCGAAAUUUCAAUUUUUAGGUUACUUAAUUGAUGCAGCUGCUAAUGAUGAUUUGCAUAUUCUUAUAGUUGGAGGAACCGAAAACGCUGUCAAACUAGUGGAAAAUUAUUUUAUAGGCAAAGAAUUUGCUUAUACUCAACCAUCGACAAAUGGGCCGACUGAUGCUGAGUUGUCUCUCUGCAAAGGGCAACUCAGCUUUACGAUACGAUCAGCGACUGAUGACCGAAUACUACAACCCUAUAAACCCCCGGCUGCGAUUAUUGCUCUCGAUAAUUCUAUCGAUGUGGACGCCCCAGCUAUUCGGAAAGUACGAACCGAAUAUUCCACUCAUGGAAAACUUUUACCGGUUAUUCGCUUGCUUGUCUCUAAUACUUCAGAGCAUGUCGAACGGUGUUUACCAGACACAUCAAAAAUUAAUGCCCUUCGUCUUCUUGUCAAGUAUACGCGGGACUUCAGUAGUACCGCUGGAGAGCUUCAAGAUGACGCGCUAGGAGUGCAAGAAAAUGCGGAGGAAGUUGUCCUUUUCUUAAAAAUGGACCCUGCUACACGCGUGUGGCCGAUUGCAGCAGUUGAGCUAAUACCGAUCGAGACUCCGAGAGUGUCACCUGCUUCUGUGGAAGUCGAAGAGCUUCGAUCGAUGUCAUCUUCACGACAAAAGCGUUUGUUGGUAAGCAGAAAGGUUGAUGAAAUCUAA